CAGCUUUGAUCGCUCGAUUUAGCUUCGCUAAUCGUUCAGGCGUACUGAGAUGAACGGUGGUUCCUUUUUCCAGUUGAGACUAACUAACUCAUUGUAAACCAGCCUGGAUGAAAACAUAAAGGGACACAUUUUCCACACUAAUAGCAGGGAACGUAAAAUACUCAGAGCAGAGAGAGAACACAUCAGUUCUCUGCCCCCUUUAAUGUUACCAACGUCCCAACAUUUUCAUUGCACGGUGUUCCCUGACAGAAAUGGAACAUAAACACGAUGAUUACAACAGUAACAACAUUGCGGGGCAAGGUUACAAACUUUAGUCCGAUUUCCGGCUGUCCCAACGAGGUUUGGCAUCCAGAGUCAAACGUGGCAGCCGAACUCCUAUACCAGCACUGCUCCUGGGCGUACAUGGACUAAUCAGCAAUAAUUAGUUUCUAAUGCAAGACUGGCAGAGGAAAAUACAAAGUUUUUUUUUAAAGAAGGAAGCUGACAGAGGUGCUCGCAAACAAGACCACAGAAACUCAGCCGAAGCAAUGCAAGUGUGAGCAGAGACAGGAGAAAACUGCAAAGAACCAGCGGAGCAGAAUUAAACAACGGGACGGGGUUUAGAAGAAGGCGAUUGCAACCAGAGGGUGGGGUAAUCCCCCACCCCCCUCCCGAGAGAUCACAAGAAGAAACUACAGGAGGCGGGAACGAGAGCUUGUAGCGGAGCUUCGCUCGGUGCAGAGCCUGGGGAUGAUGCACCGGUGCUGCGGCGCGCCGCGGGACGGCCGCCGUUGCCAGGCAGCCUGAGCCGGGCCCGAGCCCGGGUCCGGGCCGCCAUGGACCAGUCGGGAGUCGUGCAGGCCGCGCUGGCGCCGGGCCAUGAGUGUCGGGCAGCGAUACAAGGCGUUGUGCUAGUUGGAGAAUCGAAUGAAAGCCGCAUUAUAGGACUUGUGAAAUGCAGCAGUGAAUUUGCAAUUUUUAUGUACUCUCACAGAAGAAUGGCAAUCAUUGCCGAUGAUGUUUUGUUGGAAGAAAUAGUGCCAAUAUCAGAAGACUUUGUUAUUGAGGAAGUGAUUCAGAAUAUGCAUGUCCUUGGUUCUGACACAACUGUCAAAAUAAUAUCAAGAGAUGUCGAUCAAGUCCUUCAGCUACCAUUUGGUUCACAGACUAGGAUUUUCCUACAUGAAAUCCACAAGGCACAUGGAGAAGUACUCAAACAAGCUGUCACUGGAGGAUUCCCGCUCCAAUUUCAAUGGCUGUCAAAGUACCAACAAAAGAAAAAUUCCCAGCUUCACAGAUCCCGAGGAAAAGAAUAUGCAAAUAAUACUGCAUCCUCAUUCACUUGUGCAGGAGAGAAAAUAGCCAGCAAAAUAGGCGGCGAUUCUGAUCUGCUGGCUUUAGAACUUGAUGGUGAAGAGAAGGUCACACAAAAAGAUAAGGAUGACUUUGUUGAUCCUAUCCCAGAAAGACAUCCCUCUGACAUAGAAGCAGCUUCUGAGGCCUCUAGCAGUACCAUUACAUAUCUUCCUAUCUCAAGCAGUCCUGAAAUAACUGAUGACUCGGUCCGCAACAGCAACGUGAUGGUUACGAACAAAGGACAUAUCCUCAGUAUGCCACAAUUUGGUCUGAGGGACAAUCUAAUCAAGUCUGAGUUGCUGAAGCAAGAAGAAAAGUACACUUACAUACGAGAUUACAGAAUUUUUGCAGGGACGUACAAUGUGAAUGGCAAGUCUCCAAAACAGGAUUUGAGGACUUGGCUGAGCUUUGAUAAUGAACCACCUGAUAUUUACUGUGUUGGUUUUCAAGAAAUAGACUUGAGCAAAGAAGCAUUCCUUUUUAAUGAUACCCCAAAGGAAGAGGAGUGGUUCCUAGCUGUGACUGAAAGUCUUCAUCCAUCAGCCUCGUAUGCAAAGAUCAAGCUCGUCCGUCUGGUUGGAAUGAUGCUUAUAUUGUAUGUGAGGAAAGAACUUGCAGCAUUUGUCACAGAAGUGGAAGUUGAAACAGUAGGAACUGGCAUCAUGGGAAGAAUGGGUAACAAGGGUGGAGUGAGUAUAAGGUUUCAGUUUCAUAACACCUCCUUGUGUAUCGUGAACUCUCAUCUUGCCGCACACACCGAGGAAUGUGACAGACGGAACCAGGACUACAAAGAAAUCUGCUCCAGAAUGCGUUUUAUUCAGUCUAACCUGCCGUUGGCAUCUCUCACAAUCAUGAAGCAUGACAUUAUAAUAUGGCUUGGAGAUUUGAACUACAGGAUAUGUCACCCCGAGGUAGAAACAAUUAAAAAACUAAUAGCAGCAAAGGAUUAUAAGAAACUUGUCAAGUUUGAUCAGCUGACAAAACACAUGGAGAACUUGCAAGUAUUCCAAGGAUUCAAAGAGGGAGCACUCAACUUCCAGCCAACCUACAAGUAUGAUAUUGGCACGGAUAACUGGGACACGAGUGAGAAAUGCCGAGUCCCUGCAUGGUGUGAUCGAAUCCUUUGGAAAGGCAGCAGCAUCAAGCAAUUGGACUAUCGCAGUCACAUGGCUUUGAGAAUCAGUGACCAUAAACCUGUUAGCUCAUUGUUUCAAGUUGGGAUAAAGGUGGUCAAUCAAGACUUGUGCAGGAAGACCUAUGAAAAUAUUGUUCGUACACUGGAUAGAAUGGAGAAUGAUUCUAUUCCUUCAGUGUCGCUGUCGAAGACAGAGUUUCAUUUUGAGAAUGUAAAGUUCAUGCAACUCCAGGUUCAAACACUUGUCAUUGCCAACACUGGACUUGUGCCCUGUCAGUUUGAAUUCAUCACCAAACUGAAUGAACCUUCUUAUUGCAAACCGUGGUUUAGUGCUACACCUAACAAGGGGAUUUUAACCAAAGGGGAGAGAAUAGAAAUUGAGUUGGAAGUAUAUGUGAAUAAAAUGACUGCCCUCUCAUUAAAUAUGGGAGCGGACCGUAUUGAGGAUAUUUUAAUCUUGCAUCUACGACGAGGAAAAGAUUAUUUUCUGGCCAUUUCGGGGAAUUAUCUUCCGAGCUGCUUUGGAUCUUCAUUGCAUGCACUUUGCUGCAUGAAGGAACCAAUCCACGAUGUCUUACCUGAAAGAAUACAAGAACUGGAAAGAAAGGCAAUGGAGAACAAAUAUACUGACUGCUUUCCAAAUGAUGUGCAACUUGAUAUCCCAAAAGAAAUCUGGACAAUGGUUGACCACCUGCAUCGCAAUGCUUCACUCCAGGGGGAUCUGUUCCAGCAACCAGGACUGAAGUCGGAAUUUGAGGAGAUAAGAGAUUGUUUAGAUACUGGAAUACCAGAUUUUCUCCCUGGCAGUAACCAUUCUAUAUGUGAAGCAUUGUUGCUCCUCCUGGAUGCUCUUCCUGAGCCCGUCAUCACUUACAACCUGUACGACAAGUGUUUAGAAAGUUCCAGCAGCCUCACCCAGAUUGACCAGGUUAUCUAUAUGCUACCUCAAUGCCAUAGGAAAGUAUUCUAUUAUUUGAUAGCUUUCCUUCGAGAACUUCUGAAGAAUGCAAGUUUCAACAACCUUGAUGUCUCUACACUUGCAAGCAUCUUUGGAUCAUUAUUGCUGAGACCACCUCCCAAUGCAGUGAAUAAGUAUGACACAGUUGUUUGUAAGAAGGCAGCACAGCUAUUCAUUUCACGUUUCCUUACACAGGACGGUUAACUAAACUAAAUUAACCCAGCCAACAUAGUUUAUUUUAUAGAGUUCAAUAAAAUUGUACAAUUUUCAGACAAGACUAUUUUUUUAUGAAGUUCAAGAUAAAUGUAGAGCAAUGCAAAUAUUUUGAUAUUUAGAAGCAUAAAUUCGGAUUUUCAUAUUGUAACUUUCUAUUAGUGUUCGAAGCCAGAGAGAUUCUCCCCACCUCCAUUUUGUCAAAGUACAGUGAAUCGUUGUUGAUGUCACAUCUUGUUAUGCAUUAAGUGUAGAGCACUGAUGGUUUUGUAUGCAAAUACUGUUGACAAGUAAAAUCCCCACUCCAUGCUCACCUUAACUGGGCAAAAAGAGUUAACCACUUUCCAUCACAGUCAGCUAUGAAGUCGCCCUUUUAACUGUAUUUUGCACAGUAGCUCUUUGAAUUUGUUAAUCUCUGACCAUGUAGACAGGAUAGACCAAAUAGUGGCCUCCUGCCACAGAAAUUUUCUAUAAUUCUAUGAAAUGGAAAGACUCCCUGAUCACUAUUUCUGGGCAUCACCCCUGUUAGAAAAAGGUGAGAACAAUGAUAAAUUUAAAUUCAUAGCUAUCAAAAUUCUGCUUGCAAUUGAUCUAACCCAAAACGUUGCAAAGAAUCGGGAGCAAAUUGCAAUCACACAAUUACACCUGAAAUAAAUUGCGGGAGUGUGGAGACUAAAAUACAGACGUAUUAAGUUUGUUUAGCCAUUAGAUAUAGUUGCUAUCUUUUGAAGCUAAUGAUGAGACUAUACCUGAAAAAUAUUAGAGAAUCCUUAUGGCAACAAAAACCAAGACUAAUCUGUGUAAAAAAAAAACUUUUCCUCUUUCAAACAAAGUAUAUGACCAGAACAUUAAAUAUAGUCUCCACAAGAAUUUUGGAUCGGUGGGUAUGAUUACCAGAUCUCAUUUAAAUGUUUUUUUUCCCUUGAACUAUUUUGAACCAAUAUAACAGAUUUGUGAGGCAUAUGAAACAUUUACUUACCAUAGUUUGAUCUGAUAAUAUGUUUACUAAGGAAUGUUUGGCCAGAGCAGGAUUUUGGCAUAAGUUUUUAAAUCUUUGACCUGUAGACCCUUCAUUCUGGAUAAACAAGCAAUGAAUAUCAUUAAAUUAUUUUAAAUGAUUUAAACAAUAUUGCUGUUUUCAGGUAAAAUUUUGAACCCAACAUUAUAUCUUCUUGAGAGAAUGUAAUGGCUUUGACUGAGGUUCUUUUUGCUAUGGAUAUUGUAGUUUGACAAUUGAUGGUAACUGGAAUGGGUUGCAAUGAAUUAUUUCCAUUGAAAUUAUACUUGGAUUACAGACUUUUCAAUCUCAGGUCUACCAUAAUGAAGCUUGUGAAGAGUCUCUUGUACCAUAUUGUAAAUUAUUUCUAGCACUGCAUUUACACAAAUCUCAGUUCAUUUAUCCCACGUAACAGAGGCAAACUUUGAGGCUGCUCUUUUUAUUUUGCUGAUACAUUCCAUUUGCUUUACACAAAGUUAAAUUAUUAUUUCAAAUUGUUCUAAAAUAUGUACUUACAAAGCUUUAGUUUACUGAUUAUCUUGUAGUGAGUGGUCAUGGAUAUUAGAUAAAACUUGGGGAAUUCACCAAGAUUGUGCUCGCCUUUCCUCUUCUUCCUACAUUUGCAUUGAGUGUAUUACAAUAAGCCAAUUCCCAGGCUGCUGGUUACAAUGCUUUUCUUGACAAGUUGUGACGUGCCAGUUAACAGUAGCUAAAUGAUGACUCUCUAAUAUAUAAUUUUUCUUAUUUCCUUUUCUCCCCUCAUGCAUUUCAUGAAAUUGUUAAGCAAGUCCCCACUACAACACCAAUGAGAGGAAAAAUUGCUAGAAUUGAAGGUGUUUAAGAUUGAAUCCAGGAUUCCUGACACCUCUAGCUAAUUGAAAUUGCAAAAGGCAGUUUGGCCCAUCUUUGUUCAUCCAUCUGCAUUGAUUUAUAAUCCUUCCAUUCCUGACCUAAAUCCCUCUAUAGCUUUCUUUUGUUUUCUCUUUCUACCUUAUUAAAACCUGCCUCUUUAACCAAGCAUUUUGUCACUUCUUUUACCAUCUUCUUUAUUAACUCACUGACCAAUUAUUUUUGAUAAGGCUUUGAUCAAAUGUCCCAAAACAUUUUUUCUAUGUUUAAGACACUGUAUAAACUGUAAUUUAAUCAAUGUUUAAGCAAGUGUUAUUGUACAGUUAUUCUUUAGCUUUACACUUAAUAUUUAAUUUCAUUAUUUUACAAAGGUUGGAACUGAGAUUAGUAGUUGCCUGCAUGUGUUUCUUCAGUGUGGACCUUAACCAGUUUCUGACUUACUAGAAGCCCGCAAUGUCCUCAUUAUAAUUAUGAGUUUCUCUUAAGUUUUUUCUUUACUGUUAUGGGAUAAAUUCCAUCCGUCUCUGUGAGUUAUGGUGUGUGUCCUUUUUGCCUGUUGGGAAUUUGCAUCUCAGUAAUAGCAAAGUCAUUUAUUUUACUGGGAUGACUCCCUGUUCAUAUGCUUUCCCUUGGAAAUGCUGACCAGAAGUAGACAAUGGUUCUAUUGUCUGCCUGUCCUAUUUUAAACAUGUUUCUAUAUCUUACAAUUGUAAUCCUCUGGCAGCUCCCUUAUUAUUGAAAUGCUGGAAGAAUUUUUUACUGUUACAAUCCAUGUCUGCAGAAAUGCUUCUAAGCUUUCUUUGUCCCUCUUCUGUCCCUGCUUCUAAGCUUUCUUUGAUUAAUUGCAGGAUAAUCUACCUCACUCCCACACCCAGCAUCCCCCCAACCCCCACCACCCUCCAGCACUCCACCUCACCUUCUCACAGCAGGGCUUGUUUCCCCUUAUUUUACUUUAGAUUUAUUUAUUUGUUCAUUUAGAGUCGGAUAAGUAUUCAUUCUCAAAUCUUAACAUUAUGCCUUUACAAGUGCUUCUUUUAUCCUCUUGUUAAACACAGUUCCCAAUAAAUUUGAGAAGAGAUUUCCUUUCUUUGAAAUUAUGAAGUUAAACUUAAUCAACCCCAUUAUUCAUUUGUGAGGCCUCACAAGCUUUAAUAUCACAAGAAAUGCAUUGCAUCUUUGGGAAACUGGAAUUUGAACUACAUCUCUGAAAUACUGCUAUCAUUAGCUUAAAAAUGGUCGUGGAAAAUUCUCAUGUCAGUAACACCUUGUGUCUAUAUGGCCCAUUACAACAUUUCACAGGUCAAUCAAUGAACAAUAUUUGACACAAUAAAAAACAAGAGGGAGAUAUUGGGACAGACGAACAAAUGUUUGGCUACAGAGCACCCUGAAGGCAGAGGGGUGGAGAGUCUUAGGAAAGGUGAUCCAGAGCUUUAGGCCCAUUGCACCCAAAGGCAUGGCUGCUAUUGGUUAAGCAAUUAAAAUCUAGGACACUCAAGCAGCCAGAAUUGGAGGAGCACAGAUAUUUGAGAGGGUUGUGGGACUGGGGGAGAUUACAGUGUGAUUUGAAAACAAGGGUGAGAAUCAUAAAAUUGGAGCAUUUUCCACUCACUGCAACAUGACCUGCCCAAGUUAAUAACGCAAUGUUUCAUUGUCAAAGUUGUCACCAGCAUCCUGGGUAAAUCAGAAAAAAAACAAUGUGUAUAUAGUGGCUUUCAAAUUAGCUAGAGGCAGCAAUACUGUAUAAAAUCUGCCAGCGUGAUGAGCUAGCAUAGCAGAAACAAAACUUUUGAAAAGUGCAAAAAGUGAGGUAAAAUAUUAUGGGAAUAUUUUUUUAAAGUGGAAAAAAAUCUUUCAUAUUAGAAAUAACAUUCCUGUCACACACAACUGUGCUGUGUCUCUGCACUCCAUUAAUGUAACAUACAAGUUAACUCCCAUAGCUCCUGACAUAAUUGGUCCCAAUUUUAGGCAUACAGUCUUGCAGCAGAUAGGGUAUGUUAAUAUGUACCUCAGUGACUAACUGUCACGUUUCAGGCAGUAUGAGAGCAGACAGCCUUCAGCCUUGUCAAUCCCAGGGCAGUUUUUUAAAGUGACCCAUCUAUUCAAACUAAAUCUGCAGUUUGAAGAUGCUGACUCAGGAUCUAUUGAGUAUUCCAACAUUGCUUUGUUGGAUUUCCAGUUGUGGCAAAGUGUCUGCGUCAUGAGUUCCCAGGGCAGAUUGACAGAACACACUGUGGUAGCUCAGUGCUUCGUCUUCAAAGCAAAGCAGUGUAACCUCUGCUUUUUUGUAGCAGAAAUCAUAUCAGCCACUUUUCAAGUUUCUGGGAGAGAAGUUGGUGAUGAAAGCAUGCCAUUAAAGACUGAGCAGGAAAGAUAUUCUUGAAAGAAGCUUCAGCAACAAAAUUGUUAGAGAGGAACUGUACCUUUGCUAAUAUUAUUUAUAGCGGUUUUCAUUUAGCCACACUGUCUGCUGAAAAUUGUGAUGGUUUAUAGCACAUGUGCUGUUACACGCAAAACUUUUAGCAAGUGAACUGACAGGCAGCUGUCUGUCUCUGCCCCAGAGACUGGGAUGGUGCUCUGUAACAUUGGUGGACCAACCAAAACAGUGUUUCAUACUCUGUGAUAUGGUGUAAACUGUUGCUUUUAUACAUAUGAGAUUGAAUUAAAAAUUAUUUAUACAUUGGUGGAGGUCUUUGUUACUGUUCAUAUCAUCGUUUUUGUCCGUGCACAACACAAAUAAUCAUGAUUUAAUGUACCGAUGUAUUGCACUCUGUAUUGUAAACAAAUCACUUUUGUGACCUUGACCCAAAGUUGAACACUUUGCCAGUUUUUACUGCAAACAAUUUCUGUCUUUUAUUCUCAUGUUGCCUCCUCACCUCCCUUCCUUCACCUGGCAUUACAUUGCACCAGAUCUGUUAUUUUCACAGCAACAAUUCUGCUCCAUGGUAAACCUGUGUUGUCUCCAAUGGACGACAGCUGUUUCCAGUAAGGCCACAACAUGCAGCUAAGUCAGAGUUGCAGACAUUAUGCCAGCCCUACUUGGGUUUCGGGAGGAAUGGCCAAACCUGUCAGUUUGAUCUGCCACUGAGCCGGAGGACUUGCUCAAAGAUUCCCAGGAUUCUGCUGCAAAAUCGUCUCUCAGAUCCUGCAAAUGUGGUACAAAAUCCAAGAUAUAUUUUAUGUUUGCCCUGUAUACUGCUGCCGCAGAACAACAAAUUUCACAUCAUCUAAGUCAGUGAUGAUAGUUGGCUCUGAAGAUCUCACUGAUUUCAGUGGGAACUGGGCUAUGAAAGGUGAAGGUAAUUUUUUUUGUGACUAUUUUCCUGUUUAAUGUUCUUAAUUCAUGUUUUAGUUGAUUAUUUCUUUUACGUUUUUGUAAUCUUUAAUUAACUUAGAUAUUUUAAAAAUAUAAUAAAUUUGAGAGUAAACAUUGA